AUGACUGCCUGGAAUCGACUGCUGCCGGAGAAGUACGCCUACGAUGGUGGUGAUGUUCGACACCCGAGUGAAAUGGCCAAUCGAUUCGCCUACUUUGCAGAGAUGCAACACCAGCUCUGCGUCGCCAACUACAGCUCAAUCUGCGAGGCCAGGUACAGUGCAACAAGUGCGACCGCUGAUAAUGGCUCACAGUCGACGACCGCGACGACAAGGAAGCAAAAUGAUGGGGAAACGGAGGAGACAGACCAGUCACAGCUCAAUGAAAAGCUAUGGGCCGUUAGAGGGUGUCUGGAGAUGAAGUGCCUCUGGGAUGAGUUUAAUGAGCUGGGCACUGAGAUGAUUGUCACCAAAGCGGGCAGACGUGCAUUUCCCACAUUUCAGCUAAAACUUCGUGGAAUGGACCCAGAGGCAGAGUACAUUCUCAUGAUGGACUUUGUGCCGGUUGAUGAGAAGCGAUAUCGCUAUGCCUUUCACAGCUCAAGUUGGGUAAUGGCAGGCAAAGGCGACCCUAGUGCACCGCCGAGAAUUCACAUUCACCAGGACUCGCCGGCAAAAGGCUCGCACUGGAUGAAGCAGACGGUCUCAUUCGACAAACUGAAGCUCACCAACAAUCAGCUUGAUGAUAAUGGCCAUAUCAUUCUCAACUCUAUGCACAGGUAUCAGCCAAGGUUUCACGUCAUCCUCGGCGGCAGCGAAGGAAGAGGAGGGGGCCCAACUAAGGGCAAAAACUUUAAAACAUUUCUCUUCACUGAGACGCAGUUUAUUGCAGUGACCGCAUAUCAGAAUCACAGAAUAACUAAUCUAAAAAUAGCCAGCAACCCCUUUGCAAAGGGCUUCAGGGACUGCAGUAUGGAUGAGUGCAGCAAUGUCCAUGAGGUGCCGAAUGCGAAUGGCAAUAGUAGCAGCAACAGCUACGGCCAGUGGACAAUUGGCAGCAAUGCUGGUGCAGCUGGCCGAUGUGCAGCCGAGUACAACAGGAGCAGCAGCAGCAACAAUAACAAUGGCGAUGGUGAUGGCGGAGGUGAACAGUAG